CGGAAACACUUUCAGUUUCAAUUUCAAUUCAACCGGAUCUAUCUUCUUCUUCUUCACCAUGCUAUUUUCUACGGCUGAGCUUAACGGAGAAUCCCUGAAUCCGAUUACUGCGAUUCACAUUUUCCCGAUGACUUCCACUCUAAUCUCCUCAAACCUCUCUUCCUCUUUCUUCCCAACCCAAAAUAUCCACCGAAUUCGAAUCCCGACGACUUCAAUUCCCGGAAGUUUCAACAUUCGCGCACGCCGUUCAAAAAUCGUCGCCAAAUCUCUCGAUCUUCCUCUUCUUCCUUUUAGCAUGAGCGAGGUUCUUGUACCAACGGAGAGUAAAACUUUGCAUUUAUAUGAAGCUAGGUACUUAGCUUUACUCGAAGAGUCUAUGAAGAGAAAGAAGAAUAUGUUUGUUCAUUUCAUUCUAGAUCCUAUUUCGAUUAGUGAGACUGCAACAGAAGCUUCUUUUGCUGCUAGAUAUGGUUGCUUGGUACUUAUUGAAAACGUUGAGAGAUUGGAUGUUGGUGCACUUGUUUCGAUAAGAGGCGCGGGUCGUGUGAAGAUUUCGAGGUUUUUAGGGGCAGAUCCUUACUUGUCCGGAGAGGUCAGACCAAUACAGGAUCGUAUGAAUUAUGAGAGCAGCAAUGAAUUAACCUCAAAAAUCUCCCAGCUGAAGGAAUCUAUUAAAAAUCUUAACAGCUUGGAGAUCAAACUUAAGGCUCCAGCAGACUCGCCGCUACAAACUCGUCUCAUUAACUCUCUAAACUGGGCUGAAGAUGAGCCGCCGGUCGACUUUGACGAAUCAUUCGUACCUUCUCUCCAAGAACGUCUAUCAUUUUCAGCAUUUCAACCCAUCUCUGGUAAUUUCACAUAUUUUCACUAUCGUGUUUUUAUGUUUCAAGAAGAUUUUCAGGUUUCAGCUAUCAGAUUUUACAUCACAGUUCACAAAUCCAUUUUAUUCCUUUGGAAGUGUGCUGAUUUCUGUGAGUCCGAGAGAGUUAAUAGCGAAAAAUAGUCAGUUUUUCGGGUUUUCUUGGCUGCAGGAUCGACGAAGUCGGAACUAUCAAGGUUACAACAAGAGAAAAUAAAAGCAAUGGAUAUGAAAGAUACAAUAGAGAGAUUAGAACUCUCAAUGGGACUCAUAAAGGAGAACAUCUCCUCAAUUGCAGCCAAACUCGCUAUCCAAUCCUUGGAUAUUCGCUAACCACUAGACUAUACAAUUAGUCUAGUUGUAAAUCUUUGUAUUCUUGUAAAUCUUUGUAUUCGCAAAAUUAGUGGAUAUAAAUUACAGACAAGAAAGUGUAUAUGUUCUUUCAUAAAAUGUAAGAGCUAAAUAACAAGUCAAAUGAAAUUAUCAAAAUGCAACAAGAGUCAAUACAUAAAUG